AGGGUGGUUGGACAGAGCCCGAGCCCGGUGUAGCUUCUGGGUCGUGCUGAUAGACCAGAACAAUCAUGUUUCGGAACAGUCUCAAGAUGCUUCUUACAGGUGGUAAAUCAAACCGUAAGAACAGAUCCAGUGAUGGAGGAAGCGAGGAGCCACAAGAUCGAAGGCAGGCAAGCAUAGAUUAUUGUCCGAGUCAUUCUGGACAAGGUGGCAGUUGUGCAGAGAACGAUUGUGCUUUUGAACCAGAGUAUGCUAUCCCAACACUCACAGUGCCUGAAGGUGAAACUGAACAGGAGCUGGGACCUCCUCCCUCUGUAGAUGAGGCAGCAAACACACUCAUGACUCGUCUGGGCUUCCUCCUGGGAGAAAAAGUCACUGAGCUACAGGCAGGGAAUCAGUAUAACAUGGAAGGACAGGAAGACAAUCAGACUAUAGCAGUGUCCCAGCGAAUAAGUCCCUGUUCCACACUGACCAGCAGUACUGCUUCACCACCUGCCAGUAGCCCUUGUUCCACUCUCCCUCAAACUAGCGCUAAAGAUGUUAUAGCAAAAGACUGUAAUUACGGAGCUGUCACAAGUCCUACAUCUACUCUUGAAAGCAGGGAUAGUGGCAUCAUAGCAACAUUGACAAGUUAUUCUGAAAAUGUGGAUCGUGCUAAGUAUGGAGGGGAAAGCAGUAAGGAAUUAGGAUCCGGAGGAAACCUGAAGCCUUGGCAAUCUCAAAAAUCCAAUAUAGAUUCCUGUUUAUAUAGAGUGGAUGAAAACAUGACAGCUUCUACGUACAGUUUGAAUAAGAUCCCUGACCGGAAUCUAGAGACUGUUUUAUCCCAGUCAGUACAAUCCAUUCCACUUUAUCUCAUGCCACGGCCCAAUUCUGUAGCAGCCACCAGCUCAGCCCACUUGGAAGAUCUAGCUUACUUAGAUGAACAGAGGCAUGCUCCUCUGCGAACAUCUCUCAGGAUGCCUCGUCAGAGUAUGGCUGGUACUCGCACACAACAGGAUCUAAGAGUUCGUUUUGCGCCUUAUAGACCUCCUGACAUCUCUUUGAAACCACUGCUUUUUGAGGUACCUAGCAUCACCACAGAGUCCGUGUUUGUUGGCCGGGAUUGGGUGUUCCAGGAGAUUGAUAUGCAUUUACAGAGUACUGAUGCCAAUGUGAACAGAGGUGUGGUGAUAGUUGGAAAUAUUGGCUUUGGCAAGACAGCAAUCAUUUCUAGACUGGUUGCACUGAGCUGUCAUGGCACACGUAUGAGACAGAUUGCUUCGGACAGCCCCCAUGCAUCCCCAAAACAUGUUGAUGCAAAUCGAGAACUUCCCCUUACCCAGCAACCCUCUGCUCACCCCUCCAUUACCAGUGGGAGUUGUCCUGGAACUCCAGAAAUGCGCAGACGCCAAGAAGAAGCUAUGCGAAGACUUGCUGCUCAGGUUGUUGCAUAUCAUUAUUGCCAAGCUGAUAAUGCCUACACCUGUCUGGUGCCAGAAUUUGUACACAAUGUAGCAGCCUUGCUCUGCCGUUCUCCCCAGUUUGUUGCGUACAGAGAGCAACUGUUGCGUGAACCACAUCUGCAAAGCAUGCUUAGCUUGCGAUCCUGUGUUCAAGAUCCUCUUGCAUCUUUUCGGAGGGGAGUCCUAGAACCCUUGGAAAGCCUUCAUAAAGAACGGAAGAUCCCAAAUGAAGAUUUCAUCAUAUUGAUUGAUGGCUUAAAUGAAGCAGAAUUUCACAAACCAGACUAUGGGGAUACAAUUGUGUCAUUUCUCAGCAAAACCAUUGGAAAGUUUCCAUCCUGGCUGAAGCUAAUUGUAACAGUUAGAACAAGUCUACAGGAAAUAAUAAAGUUAUUGCCCUUCCAUAGGAUAUUCCUGGAUAGACUGGAAGAAAAUGAAGCUAUAGACCAAGAUCUUCAAGCCUAUAUACUACACCGAAUACAGAGCAGCUCGGAAAUACAAAAUAACAUCUCUCUUAAUGGCAAAAUGGACAAUACAACCUUUGGCAAACUCAGUUCUCAUCUCAAAACCCUGAGUCAAGGAUCAUACUUAUAUCUUAAGCUCACAUUUGAUCUAAUUGAGAAGGGCUAUUUGGUAUUAAAAAGCUCCAGUUAUAAGGUAGUGCCUGUCUCCCUUUCGGAAGUAUAUCUACUGCAGUGCAAUAUGAAGUUCCCAACACAGUCUUCCUUUGACCGGGUAAUGCCUCUUUUGAAUGUGGCAGUGGCAUCUCUACAUCCUUUGACAGAUGAGCAUAUUUUUCAGGCUAUCAAUGCUGGGAGUGUUGAAGGUACUUUAGAAUGGGAGGACUUUCAGCAAAGAAUGGAAAACCUUUCUAUGUUUCUUAUCAGACGCAGAGAUAUGACCCGAAUGUUUGUACAUCCUUCAUUUCGAGAAUGGUUGAUUUGGAGGGAAGAAGGAGAAAAGAUCAAGUUUCUUUGUGAUCCUAGGAGCGGUCAUACUUUACUUGCCUUUUGGUUUUCCCGUCAAGAGGGAAAACUCAACAGGCAGCAGACAAUUGAGUUGGGCCAUCAUAUUCUCAAAGCACACAUCUUCAAGGGGCUUAGUAAAAAAGUUGGUGUCUCUUCCUCAAUUCUUCAAGGGCUUUGGAUUUCUUAUAGCUCAGAAGGUCUUUCCAUGGCACUGGCCUCUCUACGCAAUUUGUAUACACCCAAUAUAAAGGUCAGUCGUCUGCUGAUCUUAGGAGGUGCCAACAUCAAUUACAGGACUGAAGUGCUAAACAAUGCCCCAAUUUUAUGUGUCCAGUCUCACCUUGGUUACUCUGAGAUGGUAGCCUUGCUGUUGGAGUUUGGAGCAAAUGUUGAUGCCUCUUCUGAAAGUGGUUUAACAUCUCUUGGUUAUGCUGCUGCUGCUGGCUAUUUAAGCAUUGUGGCACUUUUAUGCAAGAAGAGAGCCAAGGUGGAUCACUUGGACAAGAAUGGUCAGUGUGCAUUGGUACAUGCAGCUCUUAGAGGUCACCUGGAGGUUGUCAAAUUUUUGAUUCAGUGUGACUGGACAAUGGCUGGACAGCUACAAGGAGUGUUCAAAAAAAGCCAGGCCAUCCAACAAGCACUCAUUGCUGCUGCUAGCAUGGGAUAUACUGAGAUUGUGUCCUAUCUACUUGAUCUCCCAGAAAAAGAUGAAGAGGAGGUGGAGCGAGCACAAAUCAACAGUUUUGACAGCCUUUGGGGAGAGACAGCUCUAACUGCUGCAGCAGGAAGAGGCAAGUUGGAUGUUUGUCGUCUGCUUCUAGAGCAAGGAGCAGCUGUAGCCCAGCCCAACCGACGAGGGAUUGUUCCUUUAUUCAGUGCCGUUAGGCAAGGCCAUUGGCAGAUUGUCGACCUCUUGCUCACCCAUGGUGCAGAUGUUAAUAUGGCAGAUAAACAAGGUCGGACUCCUCUAAUGAUGGCAGCUUCAGAGGGGCAUUUGGGCACUGUGGAGUUCUUAUUGGGACAAGGCUCCUCAAUUUCCUUAAUGGACAAAGAAGGACUAACUGCUCUUAGCUGGGCUUGCUUAAAAGGCCAUCUUUCAGUAGUGCGAGCUUUGGUAGAGAGUGGAGCUGCUACAGAUCACGCUGACAAAAAUGGACGUACUCCAUUGGAUUUAGCAGCUUUUUAUGGAGAUGCAGAGGUGGUUCAGUUCCUGGUGGAUCAUGGUGCCAUGAUUGAGCAUGUGGAUUACAGUGGGAUGCGCCCCCUUGAUAGGGCAGUGGGCUGUCGCAAUACCUCUGUUGUAGUUACUCUCUUGAAGAAAGGAGCCAAGAUAGGUCCAGCAACAUGGGCAAUGGCCACUUCCAAACCAGACAUCAUGGUCAUCCUGUUGAGCAAGUUGAUGGAGGAGGGAGACAUGUUUUACAAGAAAGGGAAAGUGAAAGAAGCUGCCCAACGAUAUCAGUAUGCUUUGAAGAAAUUCCCCCGAGAAGGGUUUGGAGAGGACCUAAAAACGUUUCGGGAACUGAAGGUGUCACUCCUUCUCAACUUAUCACGCUGUCGGAGGAAAAUGAAUGAUUUUGGAAUGGCGGAGGAAUUUGCUACUAAAGCACUGGAGCUGAAACCGAAAUCUUAUGAAGCUUACUAUGCAAGAGCAAGGGCCAAACGCAGCAGCAGGCAGUUUUCAGCAGCACUGGAGGAUUUGAACGAGGCCAUCAAACUUUGUCCGAACAACCGUGAAAUCCAGCGGCUCCUUAUGCGGGUAGAAGAAGAGUGCAGACAGACACAGGUGCAACUACAACAACAACCCCUUGCACCAUCUGAAUCAGAAACACAGCAAGAAGAGUUGUAUGCAGUACAAGAUAUCUUGGAAGAAGAAUAUCUUGAACAAGAUGUAGAAAACAUUUCUGUUGGCUUGCAGACAGAGUCACGACCUAGCCCAACAUUGCCCAUUAUUCAAAGCCCACCAUCUUCCCCUGCCCACCGGGAUUCUGCCUACAUCUCCAAUUCACCACUUGGUUCACAUCAGGUCUUUGACUUCAGAUCAAAUAAUUCUAUAGGAUCACCAACAAGGCAAGGAUAUCAACCCACCUCACCAGCACUUUCUCCAACGCACCAGAAUUCUCAUUAUAGGCCUAGUCCUCCACACACAUCUCCUGCUCACCAGCCCUCCUCUUACCAUUUUAGUCCACCGCCAAUUGGUAGCCAAGGGAAAGAUUAUCAAAGCCCACCUCCUUCACCCCUUCGUAGAGGCCCUCAGUAUCGAGCCAGCCCUCCUGCAGAUAGUGUGGGUGUCUACAGAGCUCAGUCUGGUUCACCAAUACGAUACCAGCAAGAAACCAGCAUCACUCAACUUCCUAGUCGACCUAAAUCUCCACUUUCUAAAAUGACACAGAGAUCUUUCCAGAUGCUUCCACUACCUGUUGCAGUUCCACAGCAAGGACUUAGGUUGCAGCCUGCCAAGGCACAGAUUGUCAGAAGCAACCAGCCAAGUUCAGCUGGCCAUUGUAGUACUGUAAUCCCAACAGGAAUUUAUGGCCAAGUAUCCCAUUCUGUGGCCAGCAAGUUUCAGUCUUCAUUAGCAGAAAUGACUGGGGGCCAAAAUCGGUUGGUGUAUCAGACCUCUAUUGGGGGAAUAAUGGGAGAUGGGCGACCUGUGCAGCAUGUUCAAGCCAGUCUGAGUGCAGGGGCAAUCUGUCAGCAUGGAGGGCUGACUAAAGAGGAUCUUCCACAAAGACCUUCCUCUGCUUAUCGUGGUGGGAUGAGAUAUAGUCAAACCCCACAGAUUGGGCGGAGUCAGUCAGCUUCCUACUAUCCAGUCUGUCAUGCAAAGCUUGAUUUGGAACGUUCCUCUCUACCCUCUAGUCAACUUGGUUCUCCUGACAUUUCCCAUUUGAUACGAAGACCCAUUACAUUAAAUUCCAAUGAAAUAAAACCUCAUCCACCAACUCCGAGACCUCUGCUUCAUUCUCAAAGCGUUGGUCUCAGAUUUUCCCCAUCUAGCAAUAGCAUUUCCUCUACUCCCAAUUUGACUCCCCCAUUCCGCCCUUCUGCUUCUGUUCAGCAGAUGGAGAUUCCGCUUAAGCCAGCAUAUGACAGAUCAUGUGAUGAGCUUUCCCCAGUAUCUCCAACCCAAGGUGGUUAUCCCAGUGAACCUGCUCGUUCGAGGACCACACCUUUCAUGGGAAUCAUAGAUAAAACAGCCCGGACUCAGCAGUAUCCUCACCUACAUCAACAAAGCAGAACCUGGGCUGUAUCUUCAGUGGAUACCGUUAUAAGCCCUACAUCUCCUGGAAAUCUUCCUCAGCCAGAAACAUUCAGUCCACCUUCUUCAGUCAGCAGCCUUGCCUUUUAUAACAAAACUAACAAUGCACAGAAUGGCCACUUGUUGGAGGAUGACUAUUAUAGUCCACACGGAAUUUUGGCCAAUGGCUCCAGAGGAGAUCUUCUAGAAAGAGUUAGCCAAACUUCUUCAUAUCCUGAUGUUAAGGUGGCCAGGACACUGCCUGUUGCACAGGCAUAUCAGGACAACCUCUAUAGGCAACUUUCCAGAGACUCCAGGCAAGGGCAGACAUCCCCAAUCAAACCAAAGAGACCAUUUGUGGAGUCUAAUGUUUAAAAUGGAUGUAUCUUGGAGUAAGAGCCUUUUAUUUUUUGGCACAUUUUUCCUGGCUGAAUUCACAUCUUACGUUGCUGUUUUUUCUUCCUUUCUAAGAUUUUUAUUCAGUAGCAGACUACCACCCAGGGGAUAUCCUGUGUUUUCUGUAUGAUAAUGAGGCAGUCCAAGACAUGCUCCAAAUUAUUUUCUAUACACAGCUGACCUCAGAGAAAGCCAGCACCAUACAAUUUUC